ACUGUGCAGGUGUAACCACAAAAUAAGUUAAGUCUUGUUGUUCAUGCCAUUUUAUGAGCCAUAUAACUUAGAGAAAUAAUUGUUUAUUUUAUAAUUGGUGUUGCUAACCAACUUUUACAUUUUGUAUAGUUUAUUGACUUGUUUGUUGGGACGAUUAAAUAGUGUACUUUUGGAUUCACAAAUCACACUACUCAUCAGAGAUAAAUUUCACUGCCAAAGAAUAAAAAUUGGUUUUACAGGUUUACAUUACCUGAGGGUGUGAUUCCUAAACAUUAGUAUGCACGAGAAUCACUUAAAGAGAGAGAUUGAAGUGCAGAUUUUCAGCCCUUAGCACCACCAGAGAAUUUCAUUCAAGGUCUGGAGGGAAACCCAGGAGUCAACCUGGAAAAAAACAACUCAGACUCCCAAGUAAUUAUUUAUGCAUAUGGUUCACACACUACAAUCUGAAAAACACUAACUCCACCUGAAAGUCUUUAUAAGGCUCAGAUUUUGGAAAUGGUAUUGCCUGUAUGCACCUCCUGAAGUUAUUAAUUUGAACGCGUGGUGGCAGUGCAGGCUAAGAGAGUGAAUAAGAGCUCUGCAGAUUCGGUGGACUCCAUUUUAUUCAGAAGCCCCCCCAAAUACAGAACACACUUACAGCUGGAGCUAAGAUAGUAGUAUUCAGGAAGGCACUCGUCACCAGACAAGUUAUAAGACGAAUUCGAAAUUCAACAGUAAAGACAUUUCGGAGGGUCGGUGGUGGACGUGAUGAUGGGGACUGGAAAAAGAUUUUUUCCUCUGGGAUCAGACAUAAUGGAGAUGGCGAGAACAAAAGUACAUCGCAAGAAAAGGCAAGUGGCAAUUCUCAUUAUAUGGGUGCUUUUGUGGGAAGCCGGUUCAGAAUCGAUUCAAUAUUCUGUACUGGAGGAGUCAGAAACUGGCACGUUUGUGGCCAAUUUGACAAAGGACCUGGGACUCAGGAGAGGAGAACUGGCUGCGCGUGGUGCCCAGGUUGUUUUCAAGGGGAACAGACAGUAUUUGCAGCUUGACCCAAAGACCUAUGAUUUACUGCUAAAUGAGAAACUGGACCGGGAAGAGCUGUGCGGCUCCACUGAGCCAUGCGUGCUACCUUUUCAAGUGUUACUGGAAAAUCCCUUGCAGUUUUUUCAGGCUGCUUUACGAGUCAGAGAUAUAAAUGACCACGCCCCAGAGUUCCCAGCCAGAGAAAUGCUACUAAAAAUAUCAGAAAUUACUACACCAGGAAAGCUAUUUCCUUUGAAAAUGGCACAGGAUUUAGACGCUGGUAACAACAGUCUUCAGAGCUAUAUAAUCAGCUCCAAUCCUCAUUUUCACGUUCUCACUCGCAAUCGCAGCGAUGGCAGGAAGUUCCCGGAGCUGGUGCUGGACAAAGCCUUGGACCGCGAGGAGCAGCGCGAACUAAGGCUUACCCUCACAGCGCUGGAUGGUGGGUCUCCGCCCAGGUCUGGGAGCACGGAGAUUCAGAUCCUGGUCUUGGACAUCAAUGACAAUGCUCCCGAAUUUGCUCAGGAACUCUAUGAGGCACAAAUCCCUGAAAACAAUUCCCUAGGCUCCCUGAUUAUCACCGUCUCAGCGACAGAUUUAGAUGCAGGAUCCUUUGGGGAGGUAUCUUAUGCCCUAUUUCAGGGAGAUGACGUUAAUCAACCCUUCGAAAUAAACGCAAUUACAGGAGAAAUUCGACUGAGAAAGACUUUGGAUUUUGAGGAAUUUCAAUCAUACCACGUGGAUAUUGAGGCUACAGAUGGCGGGGGACUAUCAGGAAAAUGCUCUUUAGUCAUCAAGGUUCUGGACGUAAAUGACAACGCUCCUCAACUGACCAUGUCCUCCCUCGUCAGUCCCAUCCCCGAAAACCUGCCAGAGGUCAUAGUAGCAGUUUUCAGUGUGUCAGAUGCAGAUUCUGGACAAAAUCAACAGGUUAUUUGUUCUAUAGAUGACAAUCUCCCCUUUCUUCUAAGACCAUCAGUCGAGAAUUUCUACACCUUGGUAACUGAAGGAGCGCUGGACAGAGAGAGCCAGGCCGAGUACAACAUCACCAUCACCGUCACUGACCUGGGCACCCCCAGGCUGCAAACCCAGCACCACAUGACGGUGACGGUGUCCGACGUGAACGACAACGCGCCGGCCUUCAGCCACACCGCCUACACCCUGCGGGUGCGCGAGAACAACAGCCCCGGCCUGCACAUCGGCCGCGUGAGCGCCGCGGACAGAGACGCGGGCGCCAACGCGCAGGUCACCUACUCGCUGCUGCCGCCGCACGACCCGCGGCUGCCCCUGGCCUCGCUGGUGUCCCUCAACGCGGCCACCGGGCAGCUGUUCGCGCUCAGCUCCCUGGACUUCGAGGCGCUGCGCGCGUUCGAGUUCCGCGUGGGCGCGGCCGACCGCGGCUCGCCGGCGCUCAGCAGCCAGGCGCUGGUGCGCGUGCUGGUGGGGGACGCCAACGACAACGCGCCCUUCGUGCUGUACCCGCCGCAGAACGGCUCGGCGCGCUGCCCCGAGCUGGUGCCCAGGGCGGCCGAGGCGGGCUACCUGGUGACCAAGGUGGUGGCGGUGGACGGCGACUCGGGCCAGAACGCCUGGCUGGCGUACCAGCUGCUCAGGGCCACGGAGCCCGGGCUGUUCGGCGUGUGGGCGCACAACGGCGAGGUGCGCACGGCCAGGCCGCUGAGCGCGCGCGACGCCGUCCGGCACAGGCUGCUGGUGCUGGUCAAGGACAACGGCGAGCCGCCGCUGUCGGCCAGCGUCACGCUGCACGUGCUGCUGGUGGACGGCUUCUCGCAGCCCUACCUGCCGCUCCCGGCCGCGGCGGCGGCCGAGGCCCGGGCCGACCCGCUCACCGUCCACCUGGUGGUGGCCUUGGCGUCGGUGUCGUCGCUCUUGCUGGUGGCGGUGCUGGGGUUCGUGGCGGUGCGGCUGGGCAGGAGGAGCCGGGCCGCGGCGGGGGGCGGCUGCUCGCUGCCCGAGGGCCCCUUCGCGGGCCACCUGCUGGACGUCAGCGGCGCGGGGACCCUGUCGCACAGCUACCAGUACCAGGUGUGUCUGACGGGAGGAUCUGGGACCAAUGAGUUCAAGUUCCUCAAGCCCAUUAUUCCCAACUUCCCUCCUCAGGGCACUGGAAAGGAAAUUGAGGAAAACCCCAUGGUUCGUGAUAGUUUCCUAUUCAGUUAAGUAUUGGAUUAUCCUAUUAAGCCCUACUUAGUUUGAAAAUCUUUUAACUUAGUUAAAUGUUAUCGAUAGUUUGUUUUUUAAUUAUUUUACUACACUUCCUUAGGUUGAAAAAAAAUCAGAUACUGGGUAUGUACAGUGUUUUCCCUAUAUCAUGCUUAGUAGAUUUGUAUUACUCUCAACUAUAUUUGACAAUCCGAAUAAAAAGUAAAUUUUUAUUUGCAUAAUUUAAAAUUUUUGAAAUUUAAUCUUCUAUUCGUCUUAGAAAAAUUGUAAUACAAAGCCCUUAAGUAAGAUUGUAUAUCUAACUAUUGGUGACAACUGUCAUCACCAUUACCAUGUAGGGAAAUUUUUAAAGUGUGAGUGUUUGGGGGUGCCUGGCUGGCUCAGUUGGUAGAAAAUGCAACUCUUGAUCUCGGUGGUGAGUUCAAGCCCCAUACUGGGCAUAGAGCCUACUUUAAAAACAUAAAAUAAUGGGCGCCUGGGUGGCUCAGUUGGUUAAGCGACUGCCUUCGGCUCAGGUCAUGAUCCUGGAGUCCCUGGAUCGAGUCCCGCAUCGAGUCCCGCAUCGAGUCCCGCAUCGAGUCCCGCAUCGAGUCCCGCAUCGAGUCCCGCAUCAGGCUCCCUGCUCGGCAGGGAGUCUGCUUCUCCCUCUGACCCUCCCCCCUCUCAUGUGCUCUCUCUCUCAUUCUCUCUGUCAAAUAAAUAAAUAAAAUCUUUAAAAACAAAACACAUAAAAUAAAAUGUGAGUAUUUGAUAUUACUUAAUCUGCCAGUGAAAGUCUCAUUUUGGGGUAAUGGCUACAAUGUGAAUAAUUAAAGAUAAACACUAAAGAUGGCUAAAUGCUAAGACAACCAUUCAUAUUUAUGUGUAUUUCAAUAUACCAUAAUAGUCAAUACAUUUUUCUAUGCAUAUAAACUUUGCACAAAAGUGUCAAUAAAUUAAACUCCAGUUUGUGAGCUGCAUGUAAGCUUAUGAUAGUAUUUUUAAAUAAUACCAAGUCAGUUAUAAAUGCAUAAUAAAUAUUUGAUGAAUGUUACUAACAUUCCAACAGUGAAUUUCAAAGGUUUAUUUUCAAGGAAUAUAGAAAAAUGUUAAUAUUCUCUCCACAAUGCAUUACCUUUGUCAAUAAGUGAAAUUAAAUAUCAUUCUUUUACUUUCUUUCUAAACGGAAACCACCCUCCACACACCCUAAACUCUAUUACAGAAUAUAAAAUGUUGAGAGUACAUUUUAUCUCCUUGUCUUUGUCUAU